AUGUCAGGGUCAAAGAAAAUGAUUCUGCGUGUACAGUCAUCCGAGGGUACGAACCGUAUCGAAGUGUUGGACACAGAAGUAACGGCGAAAUUGUACGAGCGUGUUUUCGAAUCUUUUCAUCUCAACACAUUUGGAUUCGCCCUACAUAAAGAUCGCGCACACAAAGAUGAGAUUAUAUCUAGCAAGUCUCGUAAAAUCAAAGAAUAUGGCUUGCAACAUGGGGAUAUGGUCUAUAUGAGUCCUGUGAAUGGAGCUGUGCUCUUUGAUCAACCUUCUACUAGCACUGAGACCACUAAUAAACCAUUUGGGAUUGAAGCUGGCCCUUCAACAUCCUCACUGUCUGCACCACCAAGUGUCCUUAGAAAACAAAAUGUUCCUCAGGAAGAUGAAGUAGAUCUCCAACUGUAUCAAUUGUCAGGCAAUAUUCAACGGCAGAGAGAUGAUAAACUGUGCCGCCACAAUUCAAAAGGAUGUUGUGUACACUGUUCACCCUUGGAGCCAUGGGAUGAAAACUAUCUAAAGGAACACAAUAUAAAGCACAUUUCAUUCCACUCAUAUUUACGGAAAAUGACCUCAGGAAAAUUUAUAUCUUUAGAUGAAUUGUCUUGCAAAAUUAAACCAGGUUGUAAAGAGCACCCACCGUGGCCUCGUGGUAUUUGUUCUACAUGUCAACCAGGAGCUGUUACUCUGAACAGACAACCUUAUCGGCAUGUAGACAACGUGCUUUUAGAACACGCUACGCCAGUUGACCGCUUUUUAGCAUAUUGGCGUGCCACUGGACAUCAGCGCAUCGGGUUUUUGUAUGGACAGUAUGAAAUGCACCCUGAUGUUCCAUUGGGUAUACGUUCCCGCGUAGCAGCGAUAUACGAACCGCCCCAAGAAUGUUCAAGGGAUCAUAUUGCUCUAGCUCCGGAUGAUAAAGAACAGAUCUUAAAUGAAAUUGCAUCACGUUUAGGCCUCAAGCGCGUGGGCUGGAUGUUUACUGAUCUUAUGCCACUGAAUCUGGCAGCUGGAACUGUUAAGACCAUCAGAGGCAUGGAUACACACUUCCUAUCAGCUCAAGAGUGUAUAAUGGCGGGCCACUACCAGAAUCAGCAUCCAAACGCAUGCAGACACGCGUCUUCUGGUUACUUCGGUUCCAAAUUUGUAACUGUAUGUGUUACGGGUGAUAGCCAGAAUCAAAUCCACCUGGAAGGUUACCAAGUUUCCGGUCAGUGUGCAGCGUUAGUGCGUGACGAAAUACUAGUGCCGACACGCGAUGCGCCCGAUCUCGGCUACAUAAGGGACUGCACGCCACAACAAUAUGUCCCGGAUGUCUUUUACAAGGCACUGACCACUCGGAGACACUGUGUGCCCCCGCAAACUCCACCACCAUACGCUUAUCAUCACAGUCUUAAACAUACGGGAAUCAUAGCUUAUUGA